AUGGCCUCUCAAGAGUAUCAGCCACAAGCCAACAGAUUCUUUAAGGAUUACUCCCUUGGUUCUUCUGACCUUCAUGAACAGAAUAAGUCUAUUGAACCAACGAGUCUCUGGAAGCAAACAUCACACACUCAUAACUUGCCACCAGGUCUGGAGUACCUGAACAAGCUGGACCAGAUUAUUAUUCAUCAGCAAGUGGACCUUCUUGAAGGCAUACUUGGCACAGAGACCUCCAGCAAAUAUGAGAUAAAAAACCAUUUGGGACAAAGAGUUUACUUUGCAGUAGAAGAAAAUGAUUGCUUUGAUCGUAACCUGUGCUCCCCUAUAAGGGCUUUCACCAUAAGGAUUGCUGAUAACACUGGCCGAGAAGUAAUUACAGUGAGCAGACCCUUGAGAUGCAACAGCUGCUGGUUCCCUUGCUUCCUGCAAGAGUUAGAAGUCCAGGCCCCACCAGGCACAAUAGCUGGGUAUGUUGUACAGAACUGGGACCCUUUUCUGCCAAAAUUUACUAUACAGAAUGAAAGUAAAGAAGAUGUGCUAAAAAUAAUUGGCCCAUGUGCAACUUGUGGCUGUUUUGAAGAUGUUGACUUCGAGGUAAAAGCUCUCAAUGAGAUGUCAACAAUUGGCAAAAUUUCCAAGUACUGGUCUGGAUUUGUAAACAAUGUCUUCACCAACACUGCCAACUUCGGGAUCCAGGUCCCUGUAGAUCUUGAUGUGAGAAUCAAAGCAGUAAUGAUUGGUGCUUGCUUCCUCAUUGACUUAAUGUUCUUUGAACACUCUUUGGAUGCAUUAUAG